GACCCCUGUGACCCCUGCAGCCCAACAUGGAUGUCCAUUACAUGGACAUCCUGAUUGAAGGGGAGAGAAUCCCCGACGACGAACAUUUUUUCCAUUCGGCGCCCAAGUUGGACGCGCCCCACUCGGCGCCCCAUUCCCGCUCGUCCUCCUUCAAGAACCGCCCCCGCCCCAAACUUAACAUUGACAUAGAGCUCGCCCAGAGACCCCGCACCAACAGUCUUCCGAACGCCUACCUGCCUCUUCCAGAGCAGUUCCUCCUGCCCGAGAAAUGCGGCAUCCAGCGCGUGCGGUCCUUCAAGACGACAUCAAAGGGACUCGUCAAUCAUGGGGACUCAUACAAGAAAUCUACCAACAGUCUCAUGUCCUCAGGCAGUGCGGCGUCCAUCACAGAGGCCAACACCAAGCUUCCCAGGCGCCCCAGCUGGGUGUCAGACGACAGCGCCCCCGAGAGCGAGGAGUCGCACCCCCAGGCCCCCUCCGUCGUCUGCCCCAGCAACAUUCACCUGUACAGGGUACUCAUGAUGGGAGCACCAGGUGUGGGUAAGACAGCACUCACCAGGCAGUUCAUGACCUCGGAGUACAAGGGCACGUACACAGAAUCAAAUACUCCUGAUAUUAUCGAACCUGAAAGAAAUGUCAACGUGCUAUUGGACGAGCAGGAAUCAACGUUACAUUUCCUUGAUGAGGAACAGCACCCCGACUUUGAAGCCGAAGACCUACCCAUAGACGCCUACGUCGUGGUUUUCUCCGUGUCCGACACGACGUCAUACAACUACGCGCUGAAGAGCAUCAGGACACUGCGGGAGGUCCACAGGACCACCAAGGCCAUCAUCCUGGUGGGCAACAAGAUAGACCUGGCCCGUCAGAGGCGGGUGGCCAAACAUG